GCGGUCGUUUAUCGCGAUCAAAAACAGGAAUAUCUCUCGCGAUUUGUCUCGCACGCUUCAUUGUUAUACCUAAUCGAAAUUGCGAUCGUGAUUCAUUAGCGGGGCGUUAGUCUGCAGUGCUUCAGCAUUGCGCAUUCGUCAAGAUUGUCACGCACGUUGACGUUUACUUUUCGUCGUUCGCCGAUAUCGGCUUCUUCAGCGUAUAUUGGAUUUAAAAAAAGAAACGCGAACACAUAAAAACAUGGUGAAUCGUUCGCGGUAAAAUGUGACCACAAAUUGCUCCAAUUUCAUCUCUUUGCUUGUGCUAUUUAUAGAGCAAGCACAUAAGGUCAUGUCAAGGAUCAUGGAAUAAGUUUGAAAAGCUGGAGAGCAACAUGAAUCUAUGCCGCACAAUUGUCUGACUGGGCUCUACUCUGAGUUACAUGUCAUUGCUUUGCGCACAAAUGCCAGAAUGUUAAACAGCACUGCUAAUAUGGAACUAAAUAAUGUGGGAAGCAACAGAAGAUCCAUAUAUCUUGCACUAUCAUUUCGAAAACUGUGUCUGGCAACAGUUGGCUUACCACUUUUAUCCCUGUUAUUCUGUUUCAUCACGGCAUACAUAUUUCAACAGGAUGACAUUCAUGAAACUCACUGUAGGGUUUACAAUAUUCUUCCAUCGAUCUCAGCCAUUACUGGCGUAUCUCCUCAAAGGUAUCUAUGGCGUAUCAGCAUAGCAUUACACAUUGGACCUAGACUGGUUAUUGCCAGUGUUUAUCAUUCAUAUUAUUACAACAUACUUAAGAGCAUUGAAGAUGUGCCUCAAAAAAUUAUGGGGAGCAGGCUCCUAAAUUUAUGCUAUUGGCUAAAUAUUGCUGAGGUAGCAGCUUUGUGUGGUGUAACAUACAUUUCUAACAGAGAAAAUUAUUCGGUGCACGAAAAAAUUUUCAUAGUGUUCAUGAUUAGUUCGCUCACAUACAUGCUGACCGCCGUAAGAUUGGGUCGCCUAAUAACUCCAAAUGCACAAAGCCUUCAGUACAAACAGGCGCUUUUUAUGAUGAGUCUCGUCAGUACAAUUGGUCUUAUUAUCUUCUUCUUGAAACAUCGAUUGCUGUGUCAUGAUUUGGCAUUUAGUUGGUUCUCGCUAUGUGAGUAUGUGAUAGCUUUUGCAAAUAUGGGCUUUCACAUCACUGUGGUUUUGGAUUUUCCAAAAGAACAACUGAUUGUAGGUCACGAUUUACCUGCCGCGAAAAUAGAUUAACCUUUUAGGAUAAUUCAUCAUUCUCAUUGUCAUAUUAAAGUGCCUAUUGCCUCUGCAUGGAAGUGCUAUAAAUCAUGGUUUUCAAGAGGUGAACAUUCGGCACAAUACACGAUACACAAUUUCACGAUUAUCUCAUUUUUAUGAUAUUUUAUAAAAUUACAAUGUGUUCUAUAUAUUGUUGAAAUUGACAUGAUUUGCUUCCUGCGAUUUUUAAAAGAGUGAAUUCUCUAUAUAUAUUAUAUUUACAUUUAUAUUGCAAUAUUAUAUAUUUACAUUUAUAUUGCAAUUGAUUAUAACAUUUGAUUAGUACUUUUGUGAGUGUAAAGGGAUGUAUGAAUUGUGAGAAAAAUGAGAUGGAAAAUCUAGCGCUUCCAAAAUGUGGCACUGGUUACUUUCAAAACGAUGAAAUAUGUAACGGCCUUUUAAUAUUGGUUAGCAAUAGAGUGUAUGAUUAUAGUAUACAAUGGUUUAAAAAGUAUUCUACAUACAAACAGCAUUUAAUGUUAGUGUAAAUUUAAUAUUACUGCAUCAUAUGAGAUUACUUCUAAAGACUUUUAAAUCUUUUCUUUAUAGAGAGGCUUUUACAAGGUGAGAAUUCUAGUCAACAUAUUAAUUCUAGUCGCAAUAUAUUCGCUUUAUGCUAUUCUUCAUGUCAUAAGUUGAAUUGUGCAAUGUAAAGUUAUAUCAAAUGAAUUUAAGAUAUAAUUACGAUUAUUAAAUGUAUAUAACUUUGAAUUAUUACAAAGAUAUAGAUAUAUAACUCUGUCUUGUUGACAAAUCUCUCGAAUAGAAAUCUUACAUGAGUUACAUACAUUCACCUUGUAAGAGAUUAAUUUAUCUUGUAUAGAUUUUGUGAGAUAACGAAAUCGACUAAUAUUUAUAAGCUGUUCUGUUCGGUAUUAUUGUAUUACAAACGUAGGAUAAUCUCUUCUAUGUUUGUAUGUAGUAUACGAUAGUCUGAUAGUAUAUAGCAAUUAUCCAAACACUAAUGAUUAAAGCAGUCACAAUCGCAAUUAAAAUAUUUAAACGGGGAUUGCAUUCAGACCAGUUUUUUCAAGAGAUAUGAUCUAAAUUUCUCACGCAAAUUUAUAAGACGAAUGUUAAAAAACAAAAAUUUCUAAAAAAUUUUACAAUUAAAACCCCCGUACAUCUCUUGUUUAAAACAUAGAUGUAUAUAUGUAUACGCGAACAAAAUAAUAUAAAAUUUUAAGCUUUCAUCAUUUUUAAUAAUCGGAAAUUAUUCAUGACUAAAUAUCUAUUUAUUAAAAAUUGAGUCUUCAAUUAUUAUUUCAAAAUACAGUGUAAUUACGAAUAACAAAGUAAAUUGGAUUUUAUUGAGCAGUUUUUGACAAAGUGAAAUGUCCGGUAAAGAGUAUCUUGCAAAGAAAUUCAUAAAUAAAAUUUGUUGUUCAAAGUUUAUUAGAAAUUAUAUGCAGUAGAACUUUCACAAAAUAAUUUUCGGAAAUCUUGUCUAUGCUCUUCUGUCAAAAAAAAUUGCAUGAAAUGUCAAAAUAAAGUUUCAUAUGUGCGAAAAUAGACUUGCGGAAUCUGUUAAGAGAAGGAAGUCUGUAAUAUUUAAAAAAAUUGUGCGAAAUAUCUCUUGAUAUUUGUAUCAAUAAGCAAAAUAGCGCUUAUUUAUUACAUGUGUAUUUAUAAUAAGCAGAUGAUACGUUAUUGCGAUAUAUCUCUUAGGAUUUCGUUAUAAAGGCCGAUAGUUUCAAUGUAACUCUAAAUAGUACUCGCAGUUUAACGGUAUCAUUUUUGCACAUUUUUACACUGAAACGUGAGAUAAUUGUAGCAUAUUUUGAUAUGACGAAUUUUCGUUAAGGUUCCUUGUAUGCAAUAAUUUGAUAAUAGAAAAGAAGGAGAAAACGAA